AAUGUUUUCAAUUUAAUGGAAGUAAGUAAGUGACUGUACUGAAGAGCUCAAUUUCAUGUGUUGUUUUGCCUCCUAUUUUGGGUUCAUUUGUCUCUGAACUGAUCCUAACAAUCGAUUCUCCGAAGUCCAAAUCGCACAAAUUCUUCCAUUUGGCCAGGAUAAGGGUCUUGAGUCUUUGAUUCAACCAGUUGAAGAUGAGUUCAUUUUCGAUCACGCGCAAGAAAACUCCUUUCCAGAAGCACAGAGAAGAGGAGGAAGCCAAGAAGAAGAGGGAGGAGGAUGAAACUGCUCGGUUAUACGAGCAGUUCGUGGCUUCUUUUCAAGGAGACAAUGCACCUGGGUCGAAGGCAUUUGUUCGAGGUGGAACAAUCAAUCCCAAUGAGAAAUUCAAGCCCGAUUCUGAAGGUGAAAAGGCCAAAGAUGGGGUGUCUGUUCCAAAGAAGGGAAGUAGGUAUGUUCCAUCUUUCAUACCACCUCCUUUGUCUGCCAAGGGAAAGGAAUCUGAGAAGAAGAAGGAGGAGGAGAGGCCAAAGGAAAAAGAGAAGGGGAAGUCUCGGAACAUUGAUCAUUUUAUGGAGGAGCUGAAGCAUGAACAAGAAAUGAGGGAGAGAAGAAAUCAGGAUCGUGAACAUUGGCGUGAUGGGCGUCAUAGUGACAAUUCAGCUCCAUCCAGUCGCUUUGAUGAACUCCCUGAUGAUUUUGAUCCUAGUGGAAAACUGCCUGGAUCGUUUGAUGAUGGUGAUCCUCAAACAACAAAUCUUUAUGUUGGAAAUCUCUCACCAAAGGUUGAUGAAAAUUUUCUUCUUCGGACUUUUGGAAGAUUUGGGCCUAUUGCUAGUGUGAAGAUUAUGUGGCCUAGGACAGAGGAAGAGCGGCGACGGCAAAGAAAUUGUGGCUUUGUAGCUUUCAUGAAUAGAGCUGAUGGACAAGCUGCAAAAGAUGAAAUGCAAGGAGUUGUUGUAUAUGAAUAUGAGUUGAAAAUCGGGUGGGGUAAAUCUGUUGCUCUUCCAUCACAAGCAUUACCUGCUCCCCCACCUGGACACAUGGCCAUCAGGAGUAAGGAGGGUAGUUCUAUAAUCUUAUCCGGUCCUUCAGGCCCACCAGUGACAUCUGUUCCAAAUCAGAACUCUGAAUUGGUUCUUACACCAAAUGUUCCAGAUAUAAUGGUUCCACCCCCUGAUGAUGACCAUCUUCGCCAUGUCAUUGAUACAAUGGCUCUUUAUGUUCUUGAUGGAGGAUGUGCUUUUGAACAAGCUAUUAUGGAGAGGGGUCGUGGCAAUCCUCUAUUCAGCUUUUUGUUUGAGCUUGGCUCAAAGGAACAUACUUACUAUGUCUGGAGAUUAUAUUCUUUCGCUCAGGGUGAUACACUUCAAAGGUGGCGGACGGAACCUUUUAUCAUGAUAACUGGUAGUGGAAGAUGGGUACCACCUCCUCUGCCAACUACAAGAAGUCCAGAGCAUGAAAAGGACUACACUGCCACAUAUGCUGCAGGAAGAAGCAGGUGGCUGGAGCCAGAACGAACACUUAAUGAUCCUCAAAGGGAUGAAUUUGAGGAUAUGCUACGAGCCUUGACUUUAGAGAGGAGUCAGAUUAAGGAAGCUAUGGGAUUUGCUUUGGAUAAUGCUGAUGCUGCUGGGGAGAUAGUUGAAGUUUUGACCGAGUCCUUGACACUUAAAGAGACACCAAUUCCGACUAAAGUUGCAAGGCUUAUGCUCGUCUCUGACAUCCUUCAUAACAGCAGUGCUCCUGUUAAAAAUGCAUCUGCAUACCGUACCAAAUUUGAAGCAACGUUGCCUGAUAUAAUGGAGAGCUUUAAUGAUUUGUACCGCAGUGUGACGGGAAGGAUCACAGCCGAGGCCCUUAAGGAAAGGGUUCUGAAAGUGUUGCAAGUAUGGUCAGACUGGUUUCUUUUUUCAGAUGCAUAUGUGAAUGGACUGCGAGCUACUUUUCUUCGAUCAGGAAACUCUGGUGUGGCCCAUUUUCAUUCUAUAUGUGGUAAUGCUCCAGCAAUUAAAAAUAAGAUUAGUUCAGAAGAUGCAGUUAAUGGGAUUAAGGCCAACCAAGAUGCUGCUUUGGCAAUGGGCAAAGGUGCAGCUAUGAAGGAGCUAAUGGAUCUCCCAUUUGCUGAGCUGGAGAGACGUUGUAGACAUAAUGGAUUGUCUCUUGUUGGUGGUAGAGAAAUAAUGGUUGCUCGACUAUUAAGUUUGGAAGAUGCAGAAAAGCAGAGGAAUUAUGAACUAGAUGAUGAGCUGAAGCUUCGAUCUAGUUCUAGUAGGUAUCUUAGUGGUCAGAGAGGUGCAAAUGCUGAGCCAGAGUCUGUGGGAUUGUCUGAAUGGACCUGUUUUGGAGAGGAUGAGAUCCAUUCAGAACACAAAGUUUCUGUACCUUUGGCUGAAACCUUUCCAGUCCCACAGCCUGAACUAAAAGCAUUCACGAAGAAAGAUAAAACGGAUCCUGUUUUGCCAGCCUCUAAAUGGGCUAGAGAGGAUGAUGACAGUGAUGAUGAAGAAAAGAGAAGCACUCGGUUGUCUUCUGGAAGUGAGAAUGCUGUUGAUGGCCCUAGUAAGGCUGAUGAAUUGGAGUUUGGAACUCAUAUGAACACUUCAGCUCCAUCUGAAAGUGCAAUCAAUGAAGCGCAGAGGAAGAAGUUGAGACGUUUGGAGGUUGCUUUGAUAGAAUAUCGAGAAUCCCUUGAGGAGCGGGGAACUAAAAAUGCCGAGGAUAUUGAGAGAAGGGUUGCUGUUCACCGAAAACGGCUAGAAUCUGAAUAUGGUUUAACAGAUUCUGGUGAAGAUACUUCAGGAAGAAAGAGGAGAGAUAGGCGGGAUGAUGCACGUGACUCUGCAAGCAAGCGGCACCGCAGUGAAAGCCGAAGUGAGAGCCCUCCGCGGAAAUCAUCAAACAGAGACAGGGAUAGAGAAAAUGGUUCAGAAAAGGAGCAAGAAAGGAACAGGGAUAGAGAUAGGGAUAGAGGUAGAGGUCAAGAACUGGAAAGUGAAAGGGGGAGAGAAAGGGAGCGAGACUAUCGUGAAAAGAGUGGAAGCAGGGAAAGGGAUGAUCAUGACAGGGAUAGAGCCAGAGAGAGGGAUAGGAGAAGGCGAAUAAAUUGAGAUGUAUGGUGUUAGUUGUUUAUGGUAAUGGUUGGUCUAUUGGUGACUUAUGAUCUGGGUAGGAUGGGUUUGAGACCAGUAGUAGAUGCCUUGGUUUGUGUUGGAGGCUGCACUGCACUGCACUCCCUAUCGCAAAACUUGGUUUCAAACAAUGCUAAGACGCACAAGUUCCAUCUGUGACUGUUGACUGACAACAAACCCCAUGAGGAAGUCUGGUUCUCUUUGAACCAUAUUGUAGUAUUUUUGUUUUUGUUUUUUCUUUGGGAAAAGAUUCCUUCACUUUGAUGUAUUUGAUUAUUUGAUAAUGCAUUUUGCAAAAGCAAAGUUAAUUUAUUGGCUACAAAGUUAAUAUAUUUUCGUCUUUAGUCUCUCAA